UCAUAACUGAAUUGAAUAAGGUUCAACAAGAAAUCAAAAAAUUAAAAAGCAGUGCAGAAAAAUCCGAAUCAAUGUGCAAUCAAAACACUGGAACCGGCUUUUCAACAGGCUGGAUGACAAUUUUUAGACAAUUCGAGAUGGGUCCCGAAAACUUCAAUCGUAGCUGGAGUGAUUAUAAAAACGGAUUUGGAAACCCUAAUAAGGAAUUCUUUGUUGGACUCGAAAAAUUGUAUCUCGCAACCUAUGAACGACCCCACGAACUUUACAUCAAAUUAGAAGGAAAUGAUAAAGUUAGAUACUGGUAUUACGAUAACUUUACUAUUGGCAGCGAGAAGGAAUCGUAUCCGCUAAAGUCUUUGGGAACAUAUUCUGGUACAGAACCAGACAUCUAUUCUCCAUAUAAAAAUAAGGAGUUUUCCACAUUUGAUCGAAGAAAUUCUCAAUACUUUAUCCGUGCCAUUUCAAUAAUCCUGGGGCAGCUUGGACAAUGUAGUUUAAGUUGGCUGAAUAUCGAAUUUUUCGGUACGUUGAGAAUAAGACACAAUAUCAGUUUGCAAAGUUUUUUUUCAAAACUGAAAUGAUGAUAAGGCCAAAGAUCCAAUUA